AUGUUUAAAAUGGAUUACGCUUACCUCAACUCCUACGACUCCUGUAUGGCGGCGAUGGAAGCCUCGGCUUACGCCGAUUUCAGCCCCUGUAGCCAAAGCAACAACUUCCAGUACAACCACAUCAGGUCCAGCUUCGGAACUGGUCCGGUCUGCUCCAGCCUCACCCCCGCCAACUGCAGCCUGGGACCCCUGCGAGAUCACCAAAGCUCACCGUACACCACAGUUCCGUACAAGUUCUUCACGGAUCACGGUGGGAUCAACGAGAAGCGGAAGCAGCGGAGGAUCCGGACAACGUUCACCAGCUCCCAGCUGAAGGAGCUGGAGCGAGUCUUCGCCGAGACCCACUAUCCAGACAUCUAUACCCGUGAGGAGCUGGCACUGAAGAUCGAUCUGACUGAGGCUCGUGUCCAGGUCUGGUUCCAGAAUCGACGAGCCAAGUUCCGGAAGCAGGAACGAGCGGCCAACUCCAAGGGCAACGGAACCAGCGGGGGCGGGAAGAAGGGGGACCUGCUGUCCGAGGAGGAAGAGUCCAAAGACCCCAAGUGUAGCGACCCCGACAGCACAGCCAACCCGGCCUGUCCCCCCUCGUCCAUCUCCGCCCCCACCCCUGCCCCCUCCGGCCCCGUCUCCAGCACCAGUCCCCACCCCCUCAACAUGCCCAGUCCCAACAGCUCCCAGCCCAUGAAGCCCCCGGCAUGGGCUGGCACUGAACUCCUGAAAGCCCAGGCUUGGCAGCCGACUGACAACAUGGCCGGACCCUUCGCCGGAGUGCUCUCAACCUUACACAGAAAGGCCAACGUACUCAAACCGAACCUCUUCUAG